AUAGUAUAUACUGAAAAUUAUGUAAAACGAUUUCAAAUUAAGUUAUUUGAUUUAAUUUCUUAUACAGAUGCUUUCCACUGUCCACUAUCAAAAAUUAUCAACAAAUGGAAUACAAUUUGUAUAUAUCCUCACCAAGCAUUAAAGUAGAAGCUUUUAUGUUUAAAGAAGAAAAUGAAGUUAACAAAUUAAGCUUUUGGUAUUUGGUUCGAAGAAUCUCCAUGUGUCCUCAAAAACCAGUGAGCUUGUAGAAGAAAUUAUUAUAAUGUAUUAAAUAAAAAACAACAAAGCAGCUAUAUGCUGCAGCCUAUCUCAAGAUUUGACCUCUCGCGACUCCGGCUGACGAGCGCUCCUAUUUCUUGUUUGCACGCCAUCCCAUUUGCUAAAUUGCAUUUACACACUGACCGCAUCAACGCAGGCAAUGACAUUGUGUGUGGCCUCGACACAUCUUUUGCUUGCACAGUGGCAGAUUUAGCGAUGAAUGCUGCUUUAUGGAAAAAAAAACUUCGCUUUGAGCUGAAAAGUCAUUUUUAAAUUCUCAAAUCUUCAAAUGUACACCUCACACGAGCCGACAAUAUUUCCCGCAAGUAUAUUGUGUGUCAAACACGUGUGUAUUCCCCCCACAGCUUUUUGUCAAAAAUCAAGAUGUAAUGAUAGGACACGUUGGCAUAUUUACAUUACGAUGGGGAUGCGGGGUAGCGUUCCGCCCCUGGGCGCUCAGCAAGAACACGUAUUCUCUCUCGUCUGCUCACUUUUUAUCCUAGUCUCGGCCUCGGCUAUAUUCAGCGCGUGGUCAUUUGGGCAGUGGAUGCAGAGACGUCGCCAUGGUUGAGCACUGGCUCAUGCAGAAGGCCGCCCUGGCCCUUGGCAUUUCAGCCCAAGGAAGCUUCUUCGUGCGUUCUUACGCUCUCUCCUUAUUCGUCCUGAUUACCGUUUCAUCCGUACACGUGCUCCAUCUGUCUGGGGUAGCCUCCUUGAUCGAAAACAGGAAGCACCACAUCAGCAUCUCAGUCGCCUACCUGUUCGACGUGCUCGCCAGGUCGGCCAGGGUCAUCAGUUAUUUCAUCAUGCACCUUCUGUCCUACAGACAUGAGAAAUCGUUUCAAGAUCUGCACAAGGAGCUGUGUGAGCUGCGAUGGCGUCUGAGCGGCCGUGUCAGCGUGACUAACCAUGUGGCCCUAUUUUUUAUCCUGGGCUUCACUUUGGUGCGCAUCGUUUCCACACUCUACCGCCUGUUAAUUGACGACGGCUCGCUCCUUAACUUCCCUUACCAUUUUAAAUUUGUGUUCAACAUCGUGAUGGAAGUGCAGCUCUACUGCUUACUGGCAGAGCUGGACCAGAGCUUCGACUCGAUCAACGAACGGCUUGCUCAGCUGAACAGUCGACUGCCCGACAGUGCACUCACUCUCUGUGGAAACGUCUUCGUGGACAAAUGGAAGCUGCCACAGACUGCAAGAUGUAUUGGGGUGCAAAGGUCAUGUCUCGUAUCAUAUACGACAGCAGUGCGGAAUCUGCGUAGGGUGCACUCAUCACUGAGCGACAUUAUCCGCCGCGUCAACUGCCUGUUUGGUGUGCGUUUAUUGGUAGACAUCACGGCCCAACUGACUGCCUUGAUGCUGCGACUCAAGAUGAUCAUAACGUGGCUAUUUGAUGGCAUGAACACCUCCGCCGAGAGCAGCGACUCAUCAAACACGCGCAUCGCUUUUGAUAGGGCGCUAUCCGCCUUCAUAGUCUGUCCGAUCCAUGUUGCCACAGUGUUUGCUGUGGUUUUCUUCUGCUCCCGAACGAUAAAGAAGGCAGAACAGACAACGAUUGAGCUGCACAAGCUUUUGAACUACAAUGUUGAAAAGGAGGGCCGAGAGGAAUUGCAGAUUUUCGCAAUGCAGCUCCUGCAAAACCGAGCGCAGUUCACGGCUGCAGGCGUGUUUCCGCUAGAUUUCACGCUGUUAUAUUCGUUCAUGGGCGUCAUCACGACUUACCUCGUCAUUCUCAUCCAAUUUGGUGCCACUCUCCCGAGAUUCUCGGAUGAGGUCGCUGCAGCUGUGAAUCUUUGCCCCAACAGCACGCAAACCAAUUAUUAAAUAUUUAACUGACCAAAUCAAAUUUCUGUCCAAAUCUUUAUUUUUAAUAUCAAUGACAAAAAUACACGAUCCUGGAAAACUACUUAAUGGAAUCGAUAAUUUACUAUCCAGAAAUAAAUGUGGCUGUCAAACUGGAAUAUAUCAGCUAAAAAUUGAAUAAUCAGACAUCGAUCGUGGACGAUUACUGAUAGCGAACAACUCGCGAAUAAACUCCACGUUCCAAUAACAUGAUAAUGAAUAUCAUGGGCGCACGGGCCUCAUUUGAGGAUGCCCAGUCCAGAAAUGGACCAGUUUGUAUUGCUGCCCCCGCACCGGGGUCUUUAUAUUUAAAUUCUAGAUAUUCAUUCCGCGAUAUAAAUUCACGCAUGGUGGAAAGGUGCAAACCAGCAACUAGCGAGUCGGAAAGCUUUCGCAAUGCUCCAAAAUCCAAAGGGAAUUGUCAUUGAAAUGCAAGUGAGUCAAAACACAGGCGCAAUCUACCCCCAAAUAUCACUCAAAUUAUCACAGCAAGUGUAUGCGGUGCACGCAAAGCACGACUGGGCUUGACAAUACGAGCCAACAUCUUGAUUGAAGCUUGAAACCUCUGCUUGAGUGUAAAGCCGGAAUGAAAAUAAACAUUUUGUAAAACAGAUUAAAUAAAUAAAAA